UCAGAAAGCUUGGUCAAAAAUCAUGGCUCUGCCGGAUAAAAUUUUGGCUCGAAAAUUAAAAAAGAAAGAAAAGAAAAAACAACAAAUGCUCCAAGAAAAGAAAGAAGACGCAAAUACAUCCGUAAAUGAAGAAGGUUCUGAUGAAGAGAGUGGGUUAGAUACUUCUGUAGCAGAGAAUAUUGAACCCGAACCUAUCAAGGGAAAACAUAAACUCGAGGAAGAAGAAUCAGGGAGCCCCAAGAAGAAGAAAAAGAAGAAGAAUAAAAAUCCAGAAAGUAAGACCAAUAGUGUAGAAGAUGCUACUGAAAGCGAGGAACGGGUUGACAAUGUAGAAACAGGAGAUAACGAUAGGACCGGUGGGUCAGCUCUCCCUGGUUCAAGGCUCGGAGCAGGAAUCCUCUCCGAUAGAUCUUUCUCCGGACUCAAGGAUUCAGUAUCAGAAGCUACUCUCAAGGGUAUUGAAGAGAUGGGAUUCUCUAUGAUGACAGAGAUCCAAGCUCAGACUAUUCCUCAUCUUCUGGAAGGAAGGGAUCUAGUGGGAGCAGCUAAAACAGGUUCCGGUAAAACACUAGCUUUCCUGAUCCCCGCUGUGGAGUUAAUCUUUAAACUCAAGUUUAUGCCAAGGAACGGGACUGGAGUUAUCAUGAUUUCUCCAACCCGAGAACUGGCAAUGCAAACCUUCGGAGUGCUCAGGGAACUGCUGAAGCACCAUUACCACACCUACGGACUAAUAAUGGGAGGAGCAAACAGGAACUCGGAGGCCCAGAAGCUGGCCAAGGGAAUUAACAUCGUGGUCGCGACCCCGGGGCGUCUCCUAGACCACCUCCAGAACACUAAGGAUUUCCUGUACAAGAACCUGCAGUGCCUCAUCAUAGACGAGGCGGAUCGAAUCCUUGACGUAGGGUUCGAGGAGGAGAUGAAAAAGAUCGUGAAGCUGUUGCCAAAGAAGAGGCAGACGAUGCUGUUUAGCGCCACCACCACCAAGAAGACGGAAGACCUGAUAGCUGUCGCGUUGAAGAAGGAACCUAUAUAUAUCGGGAUUGAAGAAAAGAAUACGGGGAACAUGGCUACAGUUGCUGGGUUAGAGCAGGGAUAUGUCGUCUGUCCCUCUGAGAAGAGGUUCCUGCUCCUCUUCACCUUCUUGAAGAAGAACAGGAAGAAGAAGGUGAUGGUCUUCUUCUCCUCUUGUAUGUCCGUCAAGUUCCACCACGAGCUCCUCAACUAUAUUGAUCUUCCUGUUGCCUGUAUUCAUGGUAAGCAGAAGCAGACUAAACGAACGACGACAUUCUUUUCCUUCUGUAACGCGGACUCGGGUAUUCUUCUCUGUACAGAUGUAGCAGCUAGAGGUUUGGAUAUCCCUGACGUGGAUUGGAUUGUCCAGUUCGAUCCCCCAGAUGAUCCUAAAGAGUAUAUUCACAGAGUUGGUCGAACUGCUAGAGGAGAGGGUGGACAGGGACACGCCCUUAUGAUCCUGCGUCCUGAGGAGUUGGGGUUCCUGAGGUACCUCAAACAGGCCAAUGUUCCUCUUAACGAGUUUGAGUUCUCAUGGAACAAGGUUGCAAAUAUUCAGGCUCAGUUGGAGAAACUAAUCUCCAAGAACUAUUUCUUAAAUUUGAGUGCUAAGGAAGCAUACAAAGCGUACGUGAGAGCCUACGAAUCCCAUUCUCUCAAACAUAUAUACGACGUCCAAAAUCUAGACUUGAAGGCCGUUGGUAACUCCUACGGGUUUGUAGUUCCACCUCACAUUGAUAUCGGUGUGGCACCGAGUAAGAAGGGUCGGGCAAGACAAGGAAAAGGCGACAACAACUACAAGAAGACGAAAAUUUUCCGGCAGCCCAACUCCAAGGGCAAAUUUUCUAGAUAGGACGCUUCGCAUUUUCAUUAUUUCAG